AUGCAUUUGAGCUCAACCCUGCAAGUCCGUACUUAUGAUUCCUUCAAGUUCAAUGGCACAACUCAGUCAGAAAACGACAUAUUACUUUGUUCCAUCUGUGCAAAGCUGGAUUUUUACAGGAUCCUUCUUUAUGGCAUCCACGAGCUGGAGCCGAUACCACUCGGUUCACUGUCAUCUAUUUUCGAAAAAUCAUAUCAGUGCAGUUUCUGCCGCCUCAUAUCAUUGUAUGUCCGUCGGACACGGAUUAUGGAGGACUUUCCUCACAUCGAUCUCUCAGAGAUUGAAUGUGGGGUCCACACGACGCUUUGCGGUGCUCUUCGGAGGGGACCUCAUCCCCCACUCCGUUAUGGCCGUCGCCUCUACAUCACUGGGAACGGCCUCUGGCAGACACAUCCCGCUUUCAGGGCAGUGGGUCCACUAUUAAUCCAUCUCAUGCAAGAAGAUGCUUCCAAGUUUGGGAGACCGGUCGAUCUUCAUGGUCGCAGGGUGAAAAACACGGUGGAUGUCGGUCUGGUGAAGAAAUGGAUUAAGUUGUGUGAGGAAAACCAUGGAGAUAAAUGUCGGAAUGUUUGGAGAAUGGACAGGAACCUGCCGGAGUUCGUGAGAGUGGUGGACGUAGUAUCGAUGGCCGUGAUCCCUGCACCUUCUCACCGCUUUCGUCACGUCGCCCUCAGUUAUGUAUGGGGAGGCAACGGUGCAGAGUAUUGGACGACGAAGGAUAAUAUAGCAAAGCGCUCCAUACCUGGCGGAUUGAAUGCGGCAAACCUCCCUGAUACCAUUACAGACUCGAUUUCAUUCGUGCGACAACUUGGUGAACGUUACAUAUGGAUCGACGCUCUGUGCAUCAUUCAAGAUGAUUUGCAGGACAAGAUCAGUCAGCUGCACGCUAUGGAUUCGGUCUAUGGCCUGUCUUAUUUCACGUUAAUUGCUGCUGGCGGAAAAACAGCUCGAGACCCUCUCCCAGGGUGCCGUCCGCGAACCAGAACGCCACAAAUACAUAUCGAAGUUGUCCAAGGACUUCAUCUCUUUGUGACUCCUCCAACACAUGAGAAGGCUCUCGGAAUGUCCGCUUGGAUUACGCGUUGUUGGACCUAUCAAGAGAGCGCGUUGUCCUGUCGAAGGAUAUACUUCACUGAGCAGGAGGUCUACUUUGAGUGCCGAUGUCAGGUUUUCUGUGAAAACAUCGUUGCGGAAAGUAAGGCCGACUUCUGCAGCAGCUUUCUUCGGCAUUCACGGGAAGAAUAUUUCCCAUUCUCAACUGACUCCUUCUGGAGUUACAAGUAUGCCGUUGAGAGGUGCACGCGACGUAAUCUCACCGUCGAAUCAGACAUUGUCGAUGCUCUCACUGGAGUGACAAAUGCUUUGGUGGUAGCAUUUGGACUCGGUGACCCCGCUAGAGCUUUUCAAUAUGGAAUGAUGUUGACGGAGCUGCAUCAAGCGCUUCUUUGGCAACAUGAUCCACUUACACCUCGAAGCAACUCAUCUUGGCCUUCUUGGGCAUGGGCGACAUGGCAGACUAGGGUUACUGGUUAUAGCAGCGAAGUGUCGGUGGAUGAGACGCUUGUUGAUGCUUGGUACAUCGUGGACCAUGGUGGCGGUAUAGUGCCCCUCAAUGUUCAGAAGGUGUCACGCGAUUAUUGGAUAGAGGAAGAGCAGCCCCCGUAUUCCUCUCCGGGAAGGACCUUGGACCCAACAGCGAUGCCACUGGACACUCAUCGACCACUAAAACCAGGCACUCUCAUUUUUUGCACGACUUCCAGCCACUUUGCCAUUACAAGGCGAGGUGGUGAAUCAAAUGAAGAAUCGAGCCCUGCCGACCACUAUGGUCUCUUUAAUAUCCUCUCCGCCACGUCUUCUCCCACUUGGGUUGGUACUGUCAUCCUGCCAUUGAACCCUGCCCCACCAAGUUCUAUCGAGUUCAUCGUGCUUUCCCGUUGUGAUGGUGCGCACGGCUUCUACGAUGAAGAGAGUAUCAAGCCUUACCGUGGGUGUUUGCUACAUGUGAUGGCGGUUAGUGAGAACGAGGGCUUGAUGGAACGUAUUGGAUUGGGCAUCAUUCAUAUCGUUGCCUGGGUUGCUUCAACGCCGGAGGAGAAGGUGGUGUUUCUUCGAUAA